AUGAGGUCUUGGGGUCGGGUACGUGAGUUUGGGGAAUUGCACGCCGGAGCUGCAAGAGAUCACCUCGAAAAUAUGGGGAAUGACAAUAUACCUAUUGGCCGCGUUAUUUGCGAUUUUGUGGUCCUCAUUUGUUGUGCUGUUCCCCUUCUCAUCUUCCACGAAUUUGUGCCGGCGUACAAACGGGGAUUUUACUGCGACGAUGAAAGCAUUCGAUAUCCAUUCCACGACUCGACGGUUUCCAGAAAAAUGCUCAUUGUGAUUGGACUCAUUAUUCCCACCGCGCUGAUUUUAUUAACUGAGCUUUUUCGAGCGACUGCCUGGGAGCGAAAAUGCCGAGAUCAAUUCAAGUCCUAUCAUAUGCGAAAUCGUAACGUACACCGGUUGAUCGUACGUUUGUACUGCUUUAUCGGUUACUUCUUUGUCGGAGUCUGCUUUAAUCAAUUGAUGGUUGACAUUGCCAAAUACACAAUCGGUCGCCAGCGCCCUCACUUCAUGGCUGUAUGCCAACCUGAUAUUGGCUACAAUAAGUGCCCUGAUCCGGAGUUGUAUAUCUCAAAUUACACAUGUACUGGAACGAAUAAAAAGCUUGUGCAUGAAUCUCGGCUCUCAUUCUACUCGGGACACGCUGCCUUCUCGUUUUAUGCUGCUUGGUUUACUGCGCUGUAUUUGCAAGCUCGUCUUUAUCGUCCACUUUUCUCCCGACUUGUCAUCCCAGUUAUUCAAUUCUCACUUUUUGGAGGUGCGGCAUACGUUUCGUACACCCGUAUUUCCGAUUACAAGCACCAUUGGUCGGAUGUGCUGGUUGGAAUUAUCAUGGGAAGUUCAAUCGGUAUCUUUGUGGCUAUGUACGUGGCCGAGGUGUUUAAACGACGAGAAAUUCCAUCGAGUGAUCCAGAAACCCUCGGGCAUCAGGCCGGCCUGAUACGCAUGGAACCAAGACCGGCAAAUGGGGAACCGGUAGUGACGACCCAAUCGCACACAAUCACUAUCCAAAACGAGGAUGGUCCUGGAUAUUCGGCUGCAUCGCAAAGACUAGUGGCCACGAAAAGUCCACCGCCCCCUUAUAAUAGAAUGGCCGCUAUGGAAGAUGGUUCUUUCAGAACCGAGCUUCACAUUGAUCCUAUAAGCACCGUCUCGCUGUGUGAUUCAUUCUAUACGGCCGCCGGUGAUUGGCCCUCACAAGUGUUGAUCUCUCGUCCCCCAUCAACUGUGUACGCGUCGGCUGAAUAUCUCAACAUUCCCUAUGGGGCACUCACGCCAACAAUACGCCCCACAUCUGUU